AAGAUGAUGUGAUUAACUCGACAUCUACACAAAUGGAUGCAGUUGCAGGUACAAGCAAUGCAAGUGUCAUCUCGGAUACGACGUCGACUGAGGUCAUAAACAGGCCAAAACAACCUUUACCACCUUUUUCCAUACCGGUAAUAGACAUGGAUGAUAAGUUGAAAGGUCAUGGUAAUUUCCGUUCAUGGAAGCAACGCAUUGAACGGGACAUAGUGGCGUUAGGUAGGUCCGAUUUUUUGCAGUAUCCUCUGGGUGGUGUGAAAUGUACAUUCUCUAAUGAGGAAAAAAGAAUGUAUGAUGCACAGGUGAGGCAAUACCUAGAAGCCACCAUACAAAAUGCGCCUCGUCAACUCAUUUCCAAUGAGUCUACAGCAGCAGAUGCUUUCCACAAAUUGGAAAAUAUGUUUGGGAAAAAUGACGUGCAAAAAAUGGUAGAUCUUCUGGACAAUUUCGGAAAAAUAGUGUUGCACCGUUUGUGA